AUAAAUAGAACUGCUCGAGUAAGGUUCUAACUUGUAAUAGUGUAGAGAAAUAGUUGGAAGAUAUGAAUAUGAAUGAAGCAUCUGAGAAUGUUGCUGUUGAAUUAGCUGCACAAGGAGUUAUAGGGAAAAGAGUUGAUGAAAUGGAAUCAUGGUUUAUGAUGGCUCUUGAUUAUAUGAUCCAACUCGCUGACAAAGAUCAAGAUGAUAAGAGGAAGUCUUUACUUGAGGUUGUCAAGGAGACUGUCUUAUCUCAUCUUACGAAAAAAUGCCCUCCUCAUGCCAAUUAUUCCGGAUCGAAAACUACUAGCAAGGCUUGUUUUAAUCAGAGAGGAAGCAAGAAACAUGAUGGGAAGAGGUAUACUUGAUGAGAGAAAUGAUCGAGGUUUCACUACGCUGCCUGAAUCAGAGGUUUUGUGUGACAAACUAUUAUCUCCAUUACACUGUGUUUAUGAACGUAAUUAAAACGUUGAGAUACAAUGACUUGUUGCAUGAUCGUCGAAUAGGUGAAUUUCUUAACCAAAUUGGUAGCUCUCAAACCUGGAAAGACUGUGCACCAAAUGAUUCAGAAUGUAAUGCAAGGAAAAUAUAAGUUUGAAAUUGUA